GGUCUAUAAGUACCACCCUAGCAAACUCUAAUCUUCACAGAACAAUACUGCAAUAGAGAAAGAGGCAGAUAGAAAAAAAGAGCGACUUUUGAGUUCAAAAGAUGACUAACUUCCCAUUGAUCAACUUGGAGAAGCUCAGUGGUGAGGAAAGAAACGAUACCAUGGAAAAAAUUAAAGAUGCUUGUGAAAACUGGGGAUUCUUUGAGCUGGUGAAUCAUGGCAUUCCUCAUGACAUAUUGGACACUGUGGAGAGGUUGACCAAAGAGCACUACAGGAAAUGCAUGGAAGAGAGGUUCAAGGAAUUAGUGGCAAGCAAAGGUCUAGAUGCUGUCCAAACUGAGGUCAAGGAUAUGGACUGGGAGAGCACCUUCCACUUGCGUCACCUCCCUGAAUCAAACAUCUCAGAGAUCCCUGAUCUCAUUGAUGAGUACAGGAAGGUGAUGAAGGAUUUUGCUUUGAGGUUAGAGAAACUAGCAGAGCAGCUGCUGGACUUGUUGUGUGAGAAUCUUGGCCUAGAGAAAGGGUACCUCAAGAAGGCUUUCUAUGGAUCAAGAGGACCAACUUUUGGCACCAAGGUUGCCAACUACCCUCCAUGCCCCAACCCAGAGCUGGUGAAGGGUCUUCGUCCCCACACUGAUGCCGGUGGAAUUAUCCUUCUCUUCCAGGAUGACAAGGUCAGUGGACUGCAGCUUCUCAAAGAUGGCCAGUGGGUUGAUGUGCCUCCUAUGCGCCACUCCAUUGUUGUUAACAUUGGUGAUCAGCUUGAGGUUAUCACCAAUGGUAAGUACAAGAGUGUGGAGCACCGUGUGAUAGCACAAACAGAUGGGACCAGAAUGUCCAUUGCCUCAUUCUAUAACCCUGGCAGUGAUGCUGUCAUCUACCCUGCUCCAGAAUUGUUGGAGAAAGAGGCAGAAGAGAAAAACCAGCUCUACCCAAAAUUUGUGUUUGAAGACUACAUGAAGCUAUAUGCUAAGUUGAAGUUCCAGGCCAAGGAGCCAAGAUUUGAAGCCUUUAAAGCAUCAAAUUUUGGUCCAAUUGCAACUGUUUAAAUAUUUUUACUAUAGUCUACCACAUGCUUGACUUGGGAAGAGUGUAACAAAGUACCUGAUGCAUGUGUUUACUAAAAGAAUAUAUGUAUGUGUGUUUUUGUUUUCAACUUUGGUUUUAUGUAAUAAAUUGAUUUUGAGUUUGUAAUUGAUCAUUGAAGUAAUUUUAUGUAA